CGUGCCACUUCGCUCUCAUUGCCUCUCUCUCUCUCUCUCUCUCUCUCUCUUUCUUCUCUCUCUCUCUCUCAGAUUGAGUCGUCGAUUUACCAAUUAGGUUGCUCAGCUCAAACAUUGUCCAUCCUCUCUCUACCUUAUUUUCAAUUCCACUGCAGCUUUCGAUUCUCUCUCAGCCAACACAAAAAAGUCACAAAAGCUACACUUCUGUAGCUAAAAACCUCAAAUUAUACAUUUUUCUAGCCUAUUUCUCAACAAACAAAAAUGUCAAGGUGGGAAAAUAAGCUGAGGGAAGACAGAUACAGGCACGAAAAGAAAAAUCCUUCUUUCUCAUCCUCUCUUCUCGAAAAAAUUUACCGUUCGAUUGACGAGGGAUCGCCGAAGAACCGCGAGGACCCGGUGUUUUACAACGAAACAAUGCCGAAGAAGCAGAGCAAAAGCGGGGCGAAAAGCGGCAGAGUAGUGGAAGAAGAAGAGAUGGCCAGCCUCCGCCGAGCUUGUUUGAUCGAGAAAUGGAUGGAGAUGAAGGUCGGCCAGAAGGUUGGUGGUCAAAGAAGACAGCAUUUGGGUGAUUUGGACCGAAAAUUAGACCGUGAUCACCAACGUGAUCUCGAUGCUAUGUUUUUCAGCUCCACCUCUAGCUCCUCUGACUCGAGCUCCGGCGGGUUCUCCUCCUCGGAUGCGGAGUCCAUGUUCGGGUCUAAGUCGAGGUCCUCGUGUUUUGCACCACCACGGCCGAAGCCGGUUCGCACCAGCGUUUCCACCCGGUCGGCCAAAUCAGAGGAAAAAACAGAGAGAAAACACAGAACUCUGUUUUAUGAACAGAGAGAAGUGCACUUGUUCGAUGACUAUCACUACAGUUGUGCAUCGGAUCCGACUCCGAAGCUCGAUGAAGGUAUAAUUAAGUCGAAAUCGAGGGCAUUGAAGAUUUACAGCAACCUAAAGAAGGUGAAACAGCCGCUUUCGCCAGGCGGCCGCGUUGCGAAUUUCCUCAAUUCUAUCUUCACUGCAGGGCAGACCAAGAAAACAAAGAGCACUUCAUCAAUUGGAGGGUAUGAGGAAGCGGUUGCGGAGAGGAAACUGAAAUCAUGGCAAGACUCGACAUGUUCUUCAGCCUCUUCGUUUUCGAGAUCAUGUUUGAGUAAGAACUCACCAUCUACGAGAGAAAAACUGCGAAAUGGGGUUAAAAGAUCGGUUCAUUUCUCCCCGGUGAGUGUGAUCGUUGACGAAGAUUGCAGGCCUUGUGGACACAAAUGCUUGUACGAAGGGGAGGAUAAAACCCUAAUGCCGGUCACUGUUCCGACCGCAUGGAAAAUUGGUCGAUCGCCAGCGAGAAAAGCCGAGGAGGAGCUUAAGCUUCAAGUGUUGGAGAAAAGCAGAAGAGUUGAGGAAGCGGCCAGAGAGAUUUUGAGAGACUGCCGUCGGAACCAAGUAAAGAAUGAAUUAGUGAGCAGCGAUUGUCGUGACGGUGAUGAAGGUGAUGACGAUGAUGCUGCUAGUUGUUCGAGUUCGGAUCUUUUCGAGCUUGAUCACCUUUCGGUGAUCGGGAAAGAAAGGUACCUUGAAGAGCUUCCGGUGUACGAAACCACACACGUUCGUACAAAUCGCGCCAUUGCUAAUGGCUUAAUAAUGUAGUUAACAAUGUAGGUUUUUUUAUUUUUUUAUUUCUCUUCCAAGUUUCAUUACAGCAAAUACAACUAUAGAACUAGAUUUGUUCUUGGUUUUC